AUGCCAACCUCAAAAGCAAUAUGGAUGAAUGGCCACCUAAGUGGAAUUGGUGAUGUCGCAGUAAGAAUGCCACCGCCCCACAUAUCUCGUCUUCUUUUUCUCUUUCUUUUUCUCGGCAGUCUUUGGGAAGGAUUUGCUAAAUCCAUUCCGGACCAGGGAGCAGUUGGUGAGUUAUUCGUAGAGAUUCGAGUUUUGAGGGGAAAGUCUAUGGUUGGGAAUAGGAUAGGCUGCUACAGCUAACGCCAUUGGCUGUUGUUAUUAUUUGUGCCCCUUGUCAGUGAUGAGGACAGUUAUUGUGUAACCGUUCAUUAAUUCCGCUAUAACAGGCUACGCACGAAUGGAUACAAUGUAGUCGCCGCAUGCUUUAGUCUUGUGGCUACUUCAUUGCAUUCGAGAAUGGAAUAGGGCUUCAGUUUUUAAACAAAGGAUCCUGAACUGCAGCCCGCUCCCAUGAUGGGCCAUCUGUAAGUUAAAUAUGUAGGUCAAUCUAACUUAAAGCUAGGCUAUAUAGCCUAUCAAUAGUAGUUGCAUUAUUCCGUUACGAUGUGCGAUCUGAGUUGUGCGAUAGCAAUUAGGCUACGAUGAGGAGUCAGCUUAGUUCAAACUUCUAUCCCUGCCCAGUCUGUUAACUUUAUGUAACUCUGGAAGAUCCUAACUAGAUAUUUUCAAUUAGCAAACGGUCAAUUGUCAGACACCAAUGGUUAGUAUAACUAUUUGUUAUGAAAAUCAACUUAUUGAGAAAAGCAUUCCAUGCAAGAAAAAUAGGCCUAUAAGAGCUUCAAGUCUUAUAGCCGGUAUAGCACGAGCUCAUGUGUAUUUGUGAAUGCGAGAUGGUCGACAAGCUUGUUUUGGCAGCUGUCAUCUGCACGCACCCGUUGUUGUUGUUGUUGUUGUGUCCCAAGAGGCCUCAUGAAUGGCCAAAGGACAUAAUGUCAACAAUGUUUGUUUGUGGUUCGCAGGACUUUUGACACAUUUCAGUUAUCCUACUUCAAUUCAGUUUCUCUGCAGGAAUCAUUUCACCAUUUUAUAGCCAUAUACAAUGUACAUCUUUAUAAUUGAUUGUUGUUUAUUAUUAUUAUUAUUAUUAUUAUUAUUAUUAAAUAGACUGUCCUGGGACAGUAGACUAGGGUUUGCAAUGAAACAGACUGAUAUAGGCCUACUGUCUUUCUGCUGUCAUAGUAACUGAACAAUAGAAGAGGGGACUUCCAAGGUGCUUGAAGUGGAUGCUAGUGUCAAUGCUUGGUAGUGCUUUAGUGAGUGUCAAUGCCAUGGUAAUUUGUCCAUUGUGAAUCCUGCCCCAUCCCCUCUUAGUGACCUCUGUGUUGUCUCCUGGUCCAAGCACAGUUUAGUUCAAAUGCUUUCAAUAUGUUGCAAUUCCUUGUAGAUGCCUCUUUUUAGAGCUAAGCAGGCUUUUAGGAAGUCGUGUCCAUCAUCUAUAUUUCAUUAGCUAAGCUGUUUCCCAACAAAGAAGCCUAUUUCUGGAAGAUGUGCUUAGUGCUUUGGACAAGUUUGUCAAGAUGGCUUCUUAACCCGUACAUGUCAAAUUCAGUGUGCUUUCAUCUUUUAGCUUCUUUAAUAUUAUCUAUGAAUAAUCAUAGAUUAUCCAUGUGAAUACCGCUAGUUUCACUGACUGAGCAAACUGGUUGUGGUUGGUCUAAUAGUUUGUCCUUGCAGUAUAGCUAUAUAGAUUAAACUUUCUUGAAACACUUUCAAAUGGGAAAUCACAUCAAAGUCAAUCAUAUUUCUACUGGAGAGACAGGAAAUGUUGAUUCAAUUCAUUUGAAGGUGCUAUCGUCAACCCCGACCUCACCUUCACCCCAUAUUGAUUUGUCAGACUGUGUUCUUUCAUUACUUUAUCAUAGAGCUCAUGACCUCAAUCUCUCCUCAGAAGUAAAGGUCUCUUUGAAGCAGUCAGAGAGCUUGGAUGGGAAACUAAGUUGAGUCGCUGAAAGAAUUUGGCGCUUGUGGAUUGAGCCGAGGCCGGGAAGCUUGGGCUGACUGUUAAAAAGCUUGAGUGUCUCUCUUUUUUAUCGCAGUAGAAAUUCAUUUCUUUUAACAGCACAGUGACUUGCAAUGUUCUUUCGGCUCAGUAGCUCAGCAAGAAUGAGAUGAAUCACCAGAGCCUAUCAAAAAAAGGGCUACUAUAACCAAUUAAAUGCUUGGUCUAGGAAGAAAAAGGAAAUUCUUUCAGAGAUCAGUGGAGGGUGAUGCUAUGGACAGGGUCAAAGCAUGCCAGACUGUCUUCUUGUGUCAGCUCAGCUCCUCCUGAAGAUGCAUAUUUAGUUACGGGUAGAUGUUGGGUACGUCCCAAAUGGCACCCUAUUUCCGAUAUGCCCUGGUUAAAAGUAGUGCACUUCAUAGGGAAUAAGGUGCCAUUUGGAAUGUGGUGUUUUGGUACACACUCUCUGCAGCAUCCGUUAUCAAGGCAUACAUAUUCAUGAUAUACUGUUGAAAUUAAUUAAGAAGGGAUUAAACCCAGCCAUGGGGAUGUUAUGUGUUCAGUGAAUAACAUUAUAAUUUAGUCUAAUAGCGCAAUAUUCAAUGUAAGCCUGAUGUCCCCAGAGAGAAGGUUUGCCUACUGGGCCCCGUGUAGCUCAGUUGGUAGAGCAUGGCGCUUGCAAUGCCAGGGUUGUGGGUUAGAUUCCCACAGGGGGCCAGUAUGAAAAAAUUAAAUAAAAAAAUGUAUGCACUCUGGAUAAGGGCGUCUGCUAAAUGACUAAAAUGUAAAUGUAUGGUAAUGGAGUUAAGGGUACUUUGAAAUACUAUGUAUGGAAAUGGGUCAACAUGUCUUAUUUUUUCAAACAAAUUUGACCUUUCACUGACAUCAGAAAUCAUCAUAUCUGAAUUAUUGUCCUGAAAAUAAACUUUUGGUACAAGGUCAUCUUCAGUUUGGUGUAAACCAUACUCUUGGUUUAUCUUAACAUUAUUUCACGCUGAAUUCUGCUGAUCAUUUGUCCUCUCUCUGUCACGUGAUGUUGUAGCCAUGGUAAUCUGUCCAUGGUGAGUCCUGUCCCUUCCCCUCUCAGUGACAUCUGUGUUGUCUCCUACCCAGUUGAGGUGCUUUGUCACAUGUCAAUUUGUGGCUUUCUUUGGAAGUUCAUGUUUAUCUGUCUUACAAGAGCAAGGUGCUGUCUGUCAUUCAAGACUGAAAGAAACCCUAAUAAUGACAUGCGCCAUCAUAACUGAGAUAAUCAUACGAUCGUUGAUCCUUCUACGGUACGUCUCCUUGAAUUUUCAAACGUCUAUGGUGUACUGCUAGCUACUUAGCGCCUGGGGUUGAUUUUAAAAAAAACUAUUUUGUGAGGAUGGAUCAGGGGUUUAUGUAAAAGCAUCAGCUGUGCAUACUUGCAGACUGACUGUGCCCACUGCCCAGAGCAACAACCAAAGCAUGAACAAUUUAUGUUAUUCUUGGGCUGUUUCUGCACGACCAAUACUUGACUGUCCUAAUCGGUCUGACACCCUGUGCAGCCUGCCCCGGUGUGUCAACAAUAGCCGGCUAAGGCCUGGCCAGGCAGGGGUCUAAUGUUAGCUGACUGCCAUGGCUUUGUGUUGUCUGUACCCCCCAUCUUUCUCUCCACUGACGCUUGGCAGGUGAACCAUACAGACUCAAAUUCAUAAUUGUUCAGAUUCGUAAUUGUUUGGCAGUUCAGUCCCUUCUGUACCCUGAGAUCUAGGUUUUAUUGUGUUUUUCAGAGAGCAAAAUGAUACAUUUUCUUGUUUGCUUUCUAUCGAUGUCAUGGGGUAGUUCAGUCAAAGGGCGGUUGUUCUGUAUAGCUACACUUCAAGGAUAGUCUGUCCAUAUCUAUACACUGCUGCACUUUGAGCCUCUAUCGCAGGGAUCGGCAACAGGCGACCAGUGGGCCAAAACCUUUCUUUUAGUUUUUGGUCCAAAAAAACUGUACAAUCACCAGGAAUUCAGCAAAUAUGUGUUUUAAUUAGGAAAACUAUUCCCACGAAUAAAACCCCCACACACGUGAUCAUGUCUCAAUGUAAUCAAGGUAUGAUUUUUGGGCUUAGUUGUGGUCAGUUUGCAGUGUACAAAUUAUUAUAAUUAUGUUUCCGGCCCCCGACCCAUCCGCUCCGACAAUGCCACCGCCGCACCUCCACAUACAAGUAUUAUUUCGUUUCUCCUUCAUUGUGGUCAUUGGGGACCCCUUUUUCUGAUGGAUUAGGCCUACAAUCUCUACAGGUCAUAUUAUUUGACAUUUGAUCAUUUCUGAUCUGGAUUGUGGAUCUUGUGAGAAUCAAAAAUGGCUAUAUUGUGAUGUGAAAAUGUUGUCUCACUAAACCGUCCAGGGGAAAUAGCAGGCAGUAUAGACUAGACAUGAGCUUAUGUUAAAUAUGGAAGCAAUGUCAACAAGAGGUCAGUUCUAAUUAGCAAUUCAAUCAUUUCUUUUUAAUUAUACAUUCUACUGCUGGGAGUGGAGCUGAGGCAUGUGCAAAUAAGGUGGUUUCUACUAAAGAGUGUUAGCAUGGUCCCAGAUCUGUCAUAUGGUCACAAUGACCAUAGGAGUUGGCAAGACAGCACAAACAGAUCUGGGACCAGGCUAGAACGAGUUAGUCUGUCUGACUCAUAAGAUCUUGCUUUGACUGACAUCCCUGUAUUAGAACUCAGAGCACCGUGGACCAGGACCAGCCAGUCUGUUUUGCUGCAGCAGUAGCCUAUGAAGGGGGGCUGGCUAUAUGCCGAGGAAUUUUUGCCCAGGCAGCUGUACAGUGGGAGGAAUCCGACUGUUGACACCUAACACCCUCUCUCCUCUCAUAGGAGACUAGUAGAGCUGUCUGGACAUAGCAUAGUAGCACAGCAUAGCACCCCUUUGGAAAUAUAGACAGCCUAACACACCUGGCGCAGUCCUGCUAUGACAGGGACCAGCCCUACUCAUUGAGUACUCAGUCUUUUCUUUUAUUCUAUAGAAGGUCUUUAUUGGUUGUUCUUAAGCACAACAAAAGACAUGUCCAUACAUGGAUUACGUCACAGCAAAAGUUUUCCAUGGCUUUUGUGUGCCGGACAAGUUAUAUACACAUAUUCUUCCUAGGCUGAUGAUAACAAAUAUCAUUCGUACUGGACAUUUUGUUGACACUGGCGCAUAUUCUUUUUGGAAAUCUUUUCAGAACAACAACUGUUUCUUGUUUCCGCACAAUGGGUGGAUCCCUGAACCGUGGCUCUUUCCUCAAAUUUCUUGCCUUGUGACUUUAUUUUCCUCCUAAUUCUGGAAUGAGAUUCAUUUACAGCAAAAGUGAGCCUGAUAAAAUCUCAACAACCUGCCUUGUCUCUAAACAAGGACUUCCAGCAAGCAAUACCUAAAGAUAUCGUUUGACUUGCAAUAUAGUAUUCAGUUCGGCUAGGAUACUAACAGUUCAUAUCCAACUUUCCUGCCCUUAGUAAUGGAGUAAAAUCUUCUCCUUGGAAAAUUGGAUAUUUUGAAAGGCUUUCAGUAAGAAACCAUAUUACAUAAUCUGUCGAUUAGCAUUUAAAACUAAGUCCCCUCAUUAUUUUCUGUUUGCACUGUAUUAUCUCAAAUGUGUUAAGUGGGCUUCCACAUUUUAAUCUGGAUUAUGUUUGAGAACAGUUGACUAAUUUGCCACACAUACCCAUUUUAGAAAAUGUCCAAAGAUAAUUUUCUCCCAUUUCCCAAAUUCAGUUGGAGCACAACAUAUUUUGUAAAGAAAGAAUGGCACAAAAAAACUGGUGAGAAAAUACUGGAGCCAAAUAGUUAAGUAAGAUAACACAUUUUAGUCUACGCUCUUAUCCAGAGCGACUUAAAGGAGCAAUGAGGGUUAAGUGCCUUGCUCAAGGACAUAUCGAAAGGUUUUUCACCUAGUCGACUCAGGGAUUCGAACCAGCGACCUUUUGGUUACUGGCCCAACACUCUUACCUGCCGCCUUAUGACAUUGCAAAGAAAAUGCAAAACAGUUGCAGGAAAUGAUGGACACAAUAAUGUUGUCAGUUUCUCAACUACCCUUUCUCUGUGUGAGGAUGAGUGCACUACAUCGUCUUAUAACUGUCAUGAUAUCUUUCCUUGAUUUAUGAUGAUGUUAACGCAUGAUCAGCCAUAACUAAAUCAUGAGAUACUGACACUGUACAAGGUUGUUGUAUGUAUGUCAGUGCCAUAUACUGUAUGGAGAUACUGCAUGAAAGGUAUGUAAUUCACCUCCACAUGCUAGUUUCUCUAGCUACUCCUCUUAAUCCUCUCACUGACCACAUACAGUACAAGCCAAUGUGAUGUCCCAGGCCAGCUUUAAACAUCUGGGUUAGGCUGCAGAGAUCCAAAACAUCUGGACUGAUGACCAAGUUGUAUUACUGCAUCCCAGCAAGCUGCCGUGGCCUCACUCUGACCACAGAUUAUUCCUAGUGUAACCAGAUCGUGUGUGUGCGUGUGUAUUUGUGUUUUUUCCCUUCCAGCAGCUGUUUGAUUCAGAUACCAUUGUUUUGCUCAGAGUGCUAUGAGUGCCUGAACAUCACAUAGAUUCAACAAUCUUCUGUGACUAAUACCAUUAAUAUGUACUAGCCGGUGUUUUGUGUGGGCGCGGGUGAGCGUGUUCUUCGAUGAUUGCCAUGGUAACAAAUUGCCGCAUUCGGCCUGUUGUGUUGACAUCAGGUUCUGUGGAAUCCUUACUGUAAACAAUGGAAGUAUCGGUAAUUUACACGCCACUCAUAGUAAUGUGGGGAAAUCAUUUGAUUUGAUUUGAUUAUUCACCACUUCCUUCUUGUGCAAAUGAGCAGAAACAAUUACUAUUACCCAGCAAUGAAAAGUAAUAACCCCUUAAUUAUAUGAAUCACUGUUCAUAAUUACAGAUCAGAAAUUACUAUUGAUUUCAUAUGGAGCAGGAUGGCACCGGUAAAAAAAAACAGUUGAUUGUAACAGUUAUGUUUCUACUUUGUCAAUCAGAAAUUGUGCCAUCUGUUUGAUUGGUGUGUCUUAUCCUGUUUUCUCUUAUCAAGUGUAUGUAGUGUCCUCUCCUUUCUUCACUGGGAUAAUCAAGGGGACUAGCCUCUUGUCCACUGGGAUCCUGGCUCUCAAGGAGAUCACAGUAGGGGGAACUGUUUGUGGACUUUGGCUUGGAACUCGGAACUGUGUUUUCCUGUUCUAGAACAGCCUUGAUGUGUCCUGUGAGGCUGUGAUUCCACAAUGCUCUGUAUGAGUGCCAACACGGUCUGACCUGUGGAUGGGUUUCCUCUCUGGGGACACUCAGCAGUAGUUUAUGACACUUGGAAAUCACCCAUAUCAACAUAUCAACCUUAACUGUGUACUGUACUGUUAACCUGCUGCUGAGGAAGCUUAAAUCUUUUUUAUUUCAUCAAAACCUUUACAACAAGCUAAAUAACGACAAGCUAAGCUAUCAUUGCUUGCAGAGUCAGUCAGAAACCUCCACGCAUGUUACGACAAAAGCACCAAAUCAUUCACUUUCCAAGCUCAUCUCAUGCUGGCUAUUAGUGGAGAGUGGAGCUGUAGUUAUUCUGAAAUGUCUUGGUAAAGAUCUCAAUGUUACACAUUACAUGCUUUUAGGGCCCUUCUUGUGUGUAACCAAAGGUAGCUUUUUUAGCCUCAUAGGUGGUAGGGUUGAAGCUGAAAGUCUCAACCAAAGCUUAAAAAACUUUAAGGACCCCUACAAACCUUCACACACCAUAUAACUCUCCCCCUGGGCCCUGGUAGACAACGGUGCUGAGGCCUGAGAGACCCUUUCUACUGAUGUGCUCCAGCUGUGGACCUAACCUUGGACCCCCCCUCACCCCCACCCAAUUCUCUCUUUCUCUCUCUCUUUCCCUCUCUGCACUCUCUCUCUCUCCUCUCCCCUCUAUGUGCAGCCUGGGGAGGUCCCUCAUGAUGACUUCCAGCUGGUCUAUGCGAGUAGGGAGGAGGUGGAGAUGAUUUGGUUUGAUUCAUCUCCUCUUAACUCUCUCCUCACCCUUGGUACCUCUACCUUAAACCCUUUGUAUUUCAUUUGGGGUAAGAGUGAGUCUCCUUAGAUCAAGAAGUUUCCAAGGAGGAUUGACCUUGCUCACAGGAGAAGGACAGACUGGGAUUGUGACACGUCAGCCUUCCAUCCUAUCUGCCCUCUCAGGAAACUCCCCCAAACAGUUUUACAAGGCUGUCCAGAUUGAGGAAGCCCUUAUGGAAAAACCACAUGAUUUCACAUGUGGAAAAUCACCUGAUUUCACAUGUGAAAUGUCCACAUGUUUUGCACAUGCAACAUUUUAUUUCAUAAUGUUGUUAUUAUUAUUAUAAAUAAUGUAAAACCAUGUGGUUUUGGAAAACUUCACGUGAUGCUAUUUCACAUGAAGUUUCACAUGUGGAUUUUCACGUGAUCACACAUUUUGCAUUCAUGGUGAUUUGUUUUUACAUGAUUCCCUUCAUACAAAAAGUUGUUAGGAAGUCCCAGGGAAUGUCAUAAAAUAGCUGCAGUGUUUCCCUCUUACCUAUUUGACACACUUUGACAUUGUGUAUGUUUAUUUAUACUGUAUAUAUUAUUCAACAUGUCCUCACCUGGGAUUUGAACUCACAAGCUCUUGGUUCAUGGCAUUCCGAUCUUCCUGCUACGCCACCAUGUCUGUGUCAAUGACUGAUUUCUCCUGUAUUCCUAGACUUUGGACUUCAAAGUAAAUCUCAGCUUUGUAUAAUACACUCAAUAAAAUUAUUAUUUUUAUCAUAGUGAUUCAGGAGUAACAUUAAAACAGAAUAACAUGCCUCACCAACAUUAGACAACUACAGUGAGGGAAAAAAGUAUUUGAUCCCCUGCUGAUUUUGUACGUUUGCCCACGGACAAAGAAAUGAUCAGUCUAAAAUGUUAAUGGUAGGUUUAUUUGAACAGUGAGAGACAGAAUAACAACAAAAAAAUCCAGAAAAACACAUGUAAAAACAUUUAUAAAUUGAUUUUCAUUUUAAUGAGGGAAAUAAGUAUUUGACCCCCUCUCAAUCCGAAACAUUUCUGGCUCCCAGGUGUCUUUUAUACAGGUAACUAGCUGAGAUUAGGAGCACACUCUUAAAGGGAGUGCUCCUAAUCUCAGCUUGUUACCUGUAUAAAAGACACCUGUACACAGAAGCAAUCAAUCAAUCAGAUUACAAACUCUCCACCAUGGCCAAGACCAAAGAGCUCUCCAAGGAUGUCAGGGACAAGACUGUAGACCUACACAAGGCUGGAAUGGGCUACAAGACCAUCGCCAAGCAGCUUGGUGAGAAGGUGACAACAGUUGGUGCGAUUAUUCGCAAAUGGAAGAAACACAAAAUAACUGUCAAUCUCCCUCGGCCUGGGGCUCCAUGCAAGAUCUCACCUCCUGGAGUUGCAAUGAUCAUGAGAACGGUGAGGAAUCAGCCCAGAACUACACGGGAGGAUCUUGUCAAUGAUUUCAAGGCAGCUGGGACCAUAGUCACCAAGAAAACAAUUGGUAACACACUACGCCGUGAAGGACUGAAAUCCUGCAGCGCCCGCAAGGUCCCCCUGCUCAAGAAAGCACAUAUACAGGCCUGUCUGAAGUUUGCCAAUGAACAUCUGAAUGAUUCAGAGGAGAACUGGGUGAAAGUGUUGUGGUCAGAUGAGACCAAAAUCGAGCUCUUUGGCAUCAACUCAACUCGCCGUGUUUGGAGGAGGAGGAAUGCUGCCUAUGACCCCAAGAACACCAUCCCCCCCGUCAAACAUGGAGGUGGAAACAUUAUGCUUUGGGGGUGUUUUUCUGCUAAGGGGACAGGACAACUUCACCGCAUCAAAGGGACAAUGGACGGGGCCUUGUACCGUCAAAUCUUGGGUGAGAACCUCCUUCCCUCAGCCAGGGCAUUGAAAAUGGGUCGUGGAUGGGUAUUCCAGCAUGACAAUGACCCAAAACACACGACCAAGGCAACAAAGGAGUGGCUCAAGAAGAAGCACAUUAAGGUCCUGGAGUGGCCUAGCCAGUCUCCAGACCUUAGGCCCAUAGAAAAUAUGUGGAGGGAGCUGAAGGUUCGAGUUGUCAAACGUCAGCCUCGAAACCUUAAUGACUUGGAGAAGAUCUGCAAAGAGGAGUGGAACAAAAUCCCUCCUGAGAUGUGUGCAAACCUGGUGGCCAACUACAAGAAACGUCUGACAUCUGUGAUUGCCAACAAAGGUUUUGCCACAAAGUACUAAGUCAUGUUUUGCAGAGGGGUCAAAUACUUAUUUCCCUCAUUAAAAUGCAAAUCAAUUUAUAACCUUUUUGACAUGCGUUUUUCUGGAUUUUUGUUGUUGUUAUUCUGUCUCUCACUGUUCAAAUAAACCUACCAUUAAAAUUAUAGACUGAUCAUGUCUUUGUCAGUGGGCAAACGUACAAAAUCAGCAGGGGAUCAAAUACUUUUUUCCCUCACUGUAUACUAUUUUAGUUGUCAGUUAAUCUGACUAUUCUCUCAUCAUUGAUUUUAUUUACCUAUCUGAGGUAAGUCCAUUUUGCUAAGAGAAGUACAUUUGAUCAAUGAUGAGAGAAUAGUCAGAUUAACAGAUAACUAAAAUAGCAGUGCUAAGUGCAAAGAUGUACUGUAUUAUAGGUAAUGAAUGUGUAGGGACUUCUGAGAAUUCUACAGAAAGAUCAGCAUAACCCAAAUCCGGAGGUUUGCGACUUCAUAUCCAAGGUGGGGUCAUAUUGAAAAGUCAGUUUUAAGUGAUCAUGCAAAUGUAAUUAUAUUGUCAUUGGUUAAAGAUUUUACAACUUUUUUUAUUACAUCAUUUAGCUCAACAGUGUACCAUUUAGCUUAAAGGUAUAAUUCUUAAUUGAAACAAUACGAAAGCUGUCACUCCGCCUGUGUUUUGGUGAAAAGCUGAGGGAUGGGCCUGGCGAAAUGUAACCACUCUCAAAUUCACAAAAAAAAAGUGUGAAAUCACAUUACCUUCCCAUAAGAUCACGUGUGGAACGUGAAAUCAUGUGGUUUUUCCGUAAGGGAGGUUCUUACCCCAUGUCAGAUACACAUUCUACACAUAAGGAGCUAUUCAUCAGUCAAAGUGCUCCACUAUAUCCCCCAGUCUCAGGAGAGCUGUGUGUCUGUCUGUCUGGAUGGAGGGCCCAGAGUCUGCUGGCUACUGAGGAGGGUCACAGACAAGCACAGACAUUCCUGCAAGGCUGGGGUUUGUAUGCUACCCCCCCCCCCCCCCCCCCCCCUCUCUCUCUCUCUCUCCCUGAACAAACAAGACAGCUAUCUCUCUUUCUCUCUCCUUGUGGCCCGUGGAGCCCUCUGUCACUGCAUUGCAUUCUGGAACAAUUACUGCUUGCACUGAGACCACCUAAUAGGGAGUGUGAGACAGCAGCAGUGUGUGUGUAGGCAUUGGGACAGAGGAGCUAAAGACACAUAAUGAAGAUGAUCUCCGUUUUACAUCCUCGUUCAGUGGAGGCUCCUCAGAGGAGGAAGGGGAGGACUAUCCUCCUCAGUGAAUUUCAUAAAAAUAAAAAUAGUGAAACAUUAAAAAAGUUAUCCUUUUUAGAUUAAACUAUACUGAAUAUAUUCACAUCACCAAAUAAUAGAUUAAAACAAACUGUUUUGCAAUUAAGGUCUCCAGUAGCCGCAACGGCACUCUGUAGGGUAGCACCAUGGUAUAGCAGGAGGACAGCUAGUUUCCUUCCUCCUGACUUCAAUACAAAACCCAGGAGGCUCAUGAUUCCCACCCCCUUCCACAGACUUGCACAGUAAUUAUGACAACUUCUGGAGGACAUCCUCCAAACUAUCAGAGAUCUUGCAGCAUGAACUGACAUGUUGUCCACCCAAUCAAAGGAUCAGAUAAUUAAUCUAGUACUGAAAGCAUAAGCUGCAGCUAGAUAGCACAGCAGUGCAUAAAAUGAAGGAGCAAGAGAGAGAGAGCUAGCUAUAUUCCAUUAUCUUUCCCCCCCCCCACUUUCACCUAGCUAGCAAAUGCAGCUAGCUAGUUUAGCCUACUCAAACACCCGGCUCAAACAGCUAGGGAUGCUAUGUUAGCUAGCUGGUUAUGGCUAUCCAACACUAGAACUCUUCCAAGUCAAGGUAAGCUUUUGGUUUUAUUAAUUUAUUGCCACCGGGGCCCGCUGGUGUAACUGCUAAACUGCUAGCUGACUGUACACUGUACUGCAUGAUUCUAGCGGGUUUGCUAACGCGUUAGUUCUAGUAGUUAUGUUGACUUUAGCUAAUAUUGUGACAACGAUGUAGGCUGUGUGUAGCAGUAAUGAUAUGAAGGUUUGGCUUGGGACGUUUUUUUAGGCUUGGGAUGUUUUGUGCACUGAAGUCCACAAGCGAAGGGAAAAGGUGAGAGGAGGAGAGUGUGUAGAUGCGAGAAGGAGUGAUACAACAAGCAAAAAUUAGCAUGCUGUUUGUAUGUGGCUGCUAUUAAAGUGAACUGUGUUUGCGUGUGAUCAAGUGUGUAUUCAUUCUGCCGAUUCUGUUGAAAAAACAUUUCUUAAAUGGAAGCAAACGGAACGAAACUGGGAUAUGCAUACCGGAAUUUGUCCAAUAGAAACUCUCGUUUGCAACUGUUGGACUAAUGAUUACACCCUAGAUCAGCUAGAUGCAGGCAAGAGUGUGCAAGGCGGUAUUGAAUGUCUGUCACCUUGAUUUCUCAAAUUAAUUAUCUCGACCUGUGUACCUAUGUUUUAAACUUUCAUUCAUAGGCUAAGUUAGGUUGUAGCAACCUCAUGAUGGGUAUAGGGAAAAUGUUAGUAUCAUGUAGUAGCCUAAACCUAUUGAUGUUACAUUGAGCUGGGUGAAUGGAAUAUGAAUGACAGCAAUAUUCGUAUAGAAAUAAGGCCAUGCUCAAUUUAAAAAAAAUUGUCCUCCCUCAUCUUAAACGUCACCGACCGCCACUGUCCUUGUUCACCCCCUAAACCUCAUCAUUAGUAACCCACACAUAUGCUUGAAUAGGUUUGUGCAUCAUGUCUGGGGAGGCUAAAGAAAGAAAGUGUGUGAACAUUGAAUAACAGCUGAUUUCUAUUCAAAUAACCUACAGUACCUCAAUCUGCAAAAUCACCCAUUUAUAUUGAGCUGUGUAGUGUGAGCAAGGUGUGAAGUGACUAGAUGAGAUUUGGCCCAUACCCAUAAUGAGCUGGCUCAGAUCAGAUCGUGGUGGGUAAUGUCUGUGUUAAACAAUGGGAUGGAAAUGAGCCAACUGUACAUACAGGAAGAGCUGAUACAGGAAGCUACAUCAUAAUAGCUGCAUUAGGUAGUUAGCUGAAUGCUAAUGUUAGCAAACCUUAGCUGAACCAUAGCUAGAUAGUGCUUAGGCCUACAUUUACAUCAUUUAGCAGACGAUCUUAUCCAGAGCGACUUACAAAUUGGUGCAUUCAACUUAUGAUAGCCAGUGGGACAACCACUUAGAAGGAUUACUUUUAUACUAUUCCAGGUAUUCCUUAAAGAGGUAGUGUUUCAAGUGUCUCCGGAAGGUGGUCAGUGACUCCGCUGUCCUGGCGUCGUGGGGGAGCUUGUUCCACCAUUGGGGCGCCAGAGCAGCGAAUAGCUUUGACUGGGCUGAGCAGGAACUGCGGGAACUGUGCUUCCGUAGAGGUAGGGGGGCUAGCAGGCAAGAGGUGGAUGAACGUAGUGCCCUCGUUUGGGUGUAGGGUCUGAUCAGAGCCUGAAGGUAAGGAGGUGCCGUUCCCCUCACAGCUCCGUAGGCAAGCACCAUGGUCUUGUAGUAGAUGCGAGCCUCAACUGGAAGCCAGUGGAGUGUGCGGAGGAGCGGGGUGACAUGAGAGAACUUGGGAAGGUUGAACACCAGACGGGCUGCAGCGUUCUGGAUAAGUUGUAGGGGUUUAAUGGCACAGGCAGGGAGCACAGCCAACAGCGGGUUGCAGUAAUCCAGACGGGAGAUGACAAGUGCCUGGAUUAGCACCUGUGCCGGUUUCUGUGUAAGGUAGGGUCGUACUCUGCGAAUGUUGUAGAGCAUGAACCUGCAGGAUCGGGUCACCGCUUUGAUGUUAGCGGAGAACGACAGGGUGUUGUCCAGGGUCACGCUAAGGUUCUUUGCACUCUGGGAAGAGGACACAAUGGAGUUGUCAACCGUGAUGGCGAGAUCAUGGAGCAAGCUGUCCUUCCCCGGGAGGAAGAGCAGCUCCAUCUUGCCGAGGUUCAGCUUGAGGUGGUGAUCCGACAUCCACACUGAUAUGUCUGCCAGACAUGCAGAGAUGCGAUUCGCCACCUGGUUAUCAGAAGGGGGAAAGGAGAAAAUGAAUUGUGUGUCGUCUGCAUAGCAAUGAUAGGAGAGACCAUGUGCGGAUAUGACAGAGCCAAGUGACUUGGUGUAUAGAGAGAAUAGGAGAGGGCCUAGAACUGAGCCCUGGGGGACACCAUUGGUGAGAGCACGUGGUGCGGAGACAGAUUCUCGCCACGCCACCUGGUAGGAGCGACCUGUCAGGUAGGACGCAAUCCAAGAGUGAGCAGCGCCGGAGAUGCCCAACUCGGAGAGGGUGGAGAGGAGGAUCUGAUGGUUCACAGUAUCAAAGGCAGCAGAUAGGUCUAGAAGGAUAAGAGCAGAGGAGAGAGAGUUAGCUUUAGCAGUGCGGAGAGCCUCCGUGACACAGAGAAGAGCAGUCUCAGUUGAAUGACCAGUCUUGAAACCUGACUGGUUUGGAUCAAGAAGGUCAUUCUGAGAGAGAUAGCAGGAGAGUUGGCUAGAGAUGGCACGCUCAAGAGUUUUGGAGAGAAAAGAAAGAAGGGAUACUGGUCUGUAGUUGUUGACAUCGGAGGGAUCGAGUGUAGGUUUUUUGAGGAGGGGUGCAACUCUCGCUCUCUUGAAGACGGAAGUGACAUGGCCAGCGGUCAAGGAUGAGUUGAUGAGCGAGGUAAGGUAAGGGAGAAGGUCUCCAGAAAUGGUCUGGAGAAGAGAGGAGGGGAUAGGGUCAAGCGGGCAGGUUGUUGGGCGGCCGGCCGUCACAAGUUGCAAGAUUUCAUCUGGAGAGAGAGGGGAGUCAAAGCAUAGGGUAGGGCAGUGUGAGGAGGACCAGUGGUGUCAUUUGACUUAAUAAAUGAGGAUUGGAUGUCGUCAACCUUCUUUUCAAAAUGGUUGACGAAGUCAUCCACAGAGAGGGAGGAGGGAGGGGGAGGAGGAGGAGGAUUCAGCAGGGAGGAGAAGGUGGGAAAGAACUUCCUAGGGUUAGAGGCAGAGGCUUGAAAUUUAGAGUGGUAGAAAGUGGCUUUAGCAGCAGAAACAGAGGAAGAGAAUGUAGAGAGGAGGGAGUGAAAAGAUGACAGGUCCGCAGGGAGUCUAGUUUUCCUCCAUUUCCGCUCGGCUGCCCGGAGCCCUCUUCUGUGAGCUCGCAAUGAGUCGUCAAGCCACGGAGCAGGAGGGGAGGACCGAGCCGGCCGGGAGGAUAGGAGACAUAGAGAGUCAAAAGAUGCAGAAAGGGAGAAGAGGAGGGUUGAGGAGGCAGAAUCAGGAGAUCGGAGGGAGAAGGAUUUAGCAGAUGGAAGAGAUGAUAGGAUGGGAGAGGAGAGAGUAGCGGGAGAGAGAGAGCGAAGGUUGCGAUGGCACAUUACCAUCUGAGUAGGGGCAGAGUGAGUAGUGUUGGAGGAGAGUGAGAGAGAAAAUGAUACAAAGUAGUGGUCGGAGACUUGGAGGGGAGUUGCAGUGAGAUUAGUAGAAGAACAGCAUCUAGUAAAGAUAAGGUCAAGCGUAUUGCCUGCCUUGUGAGUAGGGGGGGACGGUGAGAGGGUGAGGUCAAAAGAGGAAAGGAGUGGAAAGAAGGAGGCAGAGAGAAAUGAGUCAAAGGCAGACGUAGGGAGGUUAAAGUCACCCAGAACUGUGAGGGGUGAGCCAUCCUCAGGAAAGGAACUUAUCAAGGCGUCAAGCUCAUUGAUGAACUCUCCAAGGGAACCUGAAGGGCGAUAAAUGACAAGGAUGUUAAUAAUAUAAUAUAAUAAUAAAGCUUGAAUGGGUAGUGACUGUGACAGCAUGGAAUUCAAAUGAGGAGAUAGACAGAUGGGUCAGGGGAAAAAGAGAGAAUGUCCACUUGGGAGAGAUGAGGAUUCCUGUGCCACCACCCCGCUGACCAGAUGCUCUCGGGGUAUGCGAGAACACAUGAUCAGACGAGGAAAGAGCAGUAGGAGUAGCAGUGUUUUCUGUGGUAAUCCAUGUUUCCGUCAGCGCCAAGAAGUCGAGGGACUGGAGGGUAGCAUAGGCUGAGAUGAACUCUGCCUUGUUGGUCGCAGAACGGCAGUUCCAGAGGCUGCCGGAUACCUGGAACUCCACGUGGGUCGUGCGUGCAGGGACCACCAGAUUAGAGUGGCAGCAGCCAAGCGCUGUGAAGCGUUUGUAUGGCCUGUGCAGAGAGGAGAGAACAGGGAUAGACAGACACAUAGUUGACAGGCUACAGAAAAGGCUACAAUAAUGCAAAGGAGAUCGGAAUUAACUAAACAUCUGGGAAAGCGAGAAAGCGGGGCCUCCCUCACUUAUGUUUCACUGAAACACUCAAAUAUAACUCUCCCAACUUCCACUUUAGAAAUUAUAAUUGUUGUAAACUACAGCGGUCCAAUGUUUUCUAGGAAUAGACUCUAACUUAGUUUAUUCAGCUAGGUAACUUGGUACAGUAUUCUUCCGUGAAAACCGCCCAGGGCACCGUAUCCUAUGACGCCAUAGCUAACUAGCAUGCUAGCUUCCAAUAACACGGUUUAGCACCAAUACACAGUUACAACAAACUACCAAUAGUGUGUUAACGCGCUAAACAGAUCAUUUGUGUCCGUGUCUAACGUUGUGUAAAGUUUUGGGGUUAGUUUUGAAAGUUUGAGUGAGUACAUCGUCAACUUAUUCAGCCAGUUAGUUAGCUAGCUAGAAUAGUUAGCAUAUUAGCUAGCCAUUGCUCUCUGUCAACGAACCAACCCCUCCUCUCACGGUAUGAAACACACAGAGAGAGCCAAGCUAACGUUAACUAGUCACCCAUGUCUUGAAUUCCUUUUGAACGACUCUGGUUACCAGUAUGUAAAUAUAAAAUUAAAAUAAAUGUAGGUUAUACCUUACCCUUAGUAGCUACUGUUAGCUAGUUAAGUGUAAAGCUAGCUACUGAAUCGAUUUAGCCAGUUCGCAUCUGUCCCAACAGAGAGAAAGCGUUUCCAAACAUUACAGCUAGGUCGUUCCAGCUAUUGUUUAGUUAGCUAUCCAGGUAUUAACAAGCUAGCUACAUUUCGAGUACAGUAGCUACUAACUACCUAACGUUAACGCUUCAGAUUAUGAGGUUAGAAAAACAGCUGAAUGGUAGGUAGCUAGCUGGCAUAAUUACAGGUACUCUUAAGCGUGAAAUAACAUAGGAAACAACUAUCCACAGUUGCUAAUAGUUGCCAGUAGCUACCCGCUAGCUAGCUAGCUUUAAUGGUCCAGUUAGUGGGUUAGCUAGCCUCGUGCUUCACCGGGCUCAGACGAAUGCAAUACUUACCUACAAUAAUUACCUACAAUAACUACCUAGAUAAACUACCUACAAUACCUAACUACAAUACCUACCUACAAUCUAAAUACAUGGUUUAAGCUUUACUCGACACCACUCGAUAUAAAGAAGAAGCCAAGCUUACCUCCCGCUUAGAGAAACACAACCUCACCCCAUCGCGUCCUCUGACUACAUUACAACUUCAGCGUAUUACAUGAAAGGUUCCUCCAUCUUAUACAGCGACAAUUUCAGAAUGUAACAGGCAGUUACUGCAAUUUCAGGUGAAUACUCUAUAAAACAAGUAAUCUCCUUCAACUUUCAUCAAUGUAAAAAGGACCAAAGAGAUAGGUACCAGAGAGGGUGCUGGGAAAGAUAGAGAGAGAGGGGCGUACUCUAAGCCUGUUCAGUGUCAGGUUUAAAACGAAAAAUAUUUAAUUUGCAUCACAAUGUAUUUCCUUCCAUUAUUUCAGCCUUUUAGCUAUUGGCUCUGUAUCCUCAAAUAUUUAGGAGGCUCUCUCAUCAACCUCAGCUUGCUGCAUUGGCACAAUAAACAUUAUUUUGCCUAGCACUACAUGGGGGACCACCAACAACCUACUGAAGUCGCAGAGAAAACUUUAUUGUAAUGUGGGCACAUAGAUGAAUUCAGUACCUCUAUUGAGUACCAGUUCAUGCAAUGUGAUUUCCCUCAUAGCUUCAUGUGGGUUGUUGUGUUUGUUGAUUAAUGUUGUAUGUUGAUUAUGGAGAUGAGAUGAUAUCAUCUUCUCGGUAUGGCACCAUGGAAUCACUGGGCCUUGUCCUCCAUGCUAGAUGGAGCUGCCAAGCGACCCAUUUUCCCAACAUUAUUUUCUGGGGACACCUCAGAGUAUCCAUAGCAACAUGCAUCAAUUGAGCCAUUGACCCAUUUAGAAUCAAAAUAGUUUUCUGAAGGACUCUCUGGAGCAUGUGAAAAUGUGAACUGGGCCAAUCAAUGGUCCUGUGAAUGGGCUAGCCGUACACACACACACGCACACACACACACACACGUGAUUCUGCGAAGCACAUAGUGUUACAGUGUUACCCCCUACAGAGUCUGUAUCACAGUCUAUUGAGAAAGAGUAUCACAGCCAAUAAAAGCAACUGUUAAUUGCAAAAAUGUCUGUCAAUAGACCUUGGACUCUGUGUGUGUGAUCUCAUGAUCAUGAGAGAGGAUGUUUUCCAUGGAAUAUAUUCUUGAACUGAAUAACUAGAAUUGUUCUGAACAGCUUAUGAGGAGUAUGCCUGUAUGAUCCAGGUCAUCACCAUGGGUACUAGAAAGCACAUGGUCAUAGCAGUGGAAUCAGCCAGCCGUUCUGCCCCUCCAGACAGUUUGGCUGGGGUUUGGAGGAUCAGUCGAAUCUGAUGGCAGAAGUCCCAGCAUGUCCUAAUAUGGUCGGGUACUAGACCGCUAAACUCCAUUAAAUGCUUUUUGAUCUCAUGGUAAACAACGAUGAGUCAUCAUGCUUUGUCAGCUGAAAACUAGAACACUUCAACAGAGACAAGCUUGCUCUGUCAUUUACUUUAUGUAGGGCAAGAUGACACUUGAAUGUGUUAUAUAAGAGCAACACAUGUCCUAUUGUUAGCUACAAGGGAACUUAGAAACUACAACAUAAAAAAAAAACAUUUUAGUAAUUUAGCAGACGCUCUUAUCCAGAGGGACUUACAGUAGUGAAUGCAUACAUUUCAUACUUUUGAUCCCCCGUGGGAAUCGAACCCACAACCUUAGCAUUGCAAGCGCCAUGCUCUAACAACUGAGCUACAUGGGACCAACUAUAUGUGAAAAAGCAGAACAAUCGGUGUGCUUUCAGAUUGCAAUAAGAGUUAAUUGUAGAAGUUGUACGAUGGUCUACAAGUUUAGCCUUCAACUUUUAAUCAAAACCAAACAAUACUUUUGUGCAUUCACUGCAUAUUAUUAUUUCUGAUUUAGUUUGAAUAAUUUAAUCAUUCUAUUUCAUGUCUCUCCACAGAGGUGCUCAUCAGAGUCCAGGUGUUUGACAACAGUGACCUUUCACCUCUGGCAGAGGCUGCAGUGGAGGUUUAUGGGAACCAGUCUACCUUGGCAUCCAGCAAGGCGGGCAAAGAUGGUGUCGUCAUGGUCACCUUCCUGUACCACCCUGGCACGUGGGUCAUUAUCACGGCAACCAAACAGGGCUUUGUCACUAACUCCGCCCCCUGGCAUGCCAGCCGCAUCCCCUGUGAGUAUAGUGUUUCAUUUCUAACAUAUCACUCUUUCACCUCAGGAAUGAAAAUAAUGUUGUGUUGUUGUGGUAUACCACCAUUCCAUCAAAGUCUUAUUCAUACUACUUUGUGCGAUCACUUUAUGAGAACUUAAUCCUCACAAAGCUAUAUUUUAAAUACUGAUGGCUAAACUAUGCAAGUAACGGAAGAAUUACAAGAAUAAUUACCAGAAUCCUUUGGGACAUUUGAUGGAAUCAGAGGCCAGGAUGCCAUCAUAAAGGAAUGUCCAACAAGCCGUCUCUGCCGAUCUAUCCUCUGUGGUGUGUGGACAGUCCUAUCCAGUUGUUGUUUAACCUCAAAUCCUCCACCACAUUUCACCUUCUUUGCCUCCUCCUCUUUGGGUCCACUGCCAGGGUGUUACCCCUACGUUGGCACACCCCAGAUAACUCCCACCAUCUGCAGCAUCUCUGUCUCCACCCGCCCACUCCAUCUCACCCAGUUGUUGCUGUAG